AUGACUUCAGAAAUAACUCGAAAGAGCUUCCAUGUCAUCAUCGUUGGAGCCGGUCUUGCAGGGCUCAGUGCUGCCGUUUCUCUGGCGCAGAAAGGCCAUCAUGUGACCGUCGUCGAGGCUGCGCCAGGGCUUAACGAACUUGGGGCAGGAAUUCAAAUGCCUCCAAACAGUACUAGAAUCCUGGAUGCUUACGGCCUAACAUCAAGGUUUCAAGAGAAAGUGACUCUUCCUACUGCAUGGAAUUUCUUUCGCUACGAUACCGGCGAAAAACUCGGGGCUACUGCUCUACAUCCAGAAAUGACUGAGCGAUAUAACUCUCCAUAUUGGCUUAUUCACCGCGCGGACUAUCAGCGUUUAUUGCAUGAUGCUGCAAAGGAAGCAGGAGCCACAAUACUAUUUUCAAGCGCGGUUGACGCCGUAAACGCACAUACUUCAGAGGUCAUAUUCAAUGACGGGAGCAGUUUGGGGGCUGACCUCAUUGUUGGAGCAGACGGUAUUCACUCCAAAGUUAGGAAAGCCGUUCUUCCUAACGAAAACAUCGAGCCGUUACUAGCGUCGAGCUGCGUUUACCGUGCGGUCAUUCCUGCCUCUAUAAUAGCAUCAGAUUCGAAAAUUGCUCACCUUUUGCAUUCCUCGGACGUAAACUGCUGGAUUGGUCCCCAGAGACACUUCAUAAGUUACUCAAUUUGCCGAGGCGAGAUGUACAAUCUGGUUAUGUCUCAUCCCGGCAAAGUCAAAGAUGCCAGGAAGUUUGGUGAGCAGGGCGAAGUAGAUGAGAUGAGAGCGCAGUACAGCAAUUAUCACCCAACAGUGAAACGUAUCUUGCAGCAUGUGGAUAGCUGCUUGAAAUGGCAGCUAUCUGAAUUACCAUCUCUGAAGUCUUGGUCGAGUACGAACGGCAGAGUCGUUAUAAUUGGUGAUGCUGCUCAUGCAAUGCUGCCUUUUCUUGCUCAAGGGGCGGCGACGGCAGUUGAGGAUGGCGCCUCUCUUGGAGAAUGUUUGGCAAAAGCGAAAAGCUCAUUAGACUUGCCUAUCAUUCUCCAGGCAUUUGAAGAGAUCCGCAAACCCCGUUGCGAAGAGAUGAAGCGACGAGCUCGAUAUAAUGACCAUAUCUGGCAUAUGUCUGACGGAGAAGAACAAGUCCAGCGUGACCAGGGCAUGAAGUACGACAUAGGCAAUGCUCCGCCGGAUGAAAAGCAUCCAAACCAAUGGUCGGACAUUCAAAGUCAACCUUGGUUAUUUGGAUACGAUGUAAUUAGCCAUGCAUGA